AAGUAUGGGGAAAUGGCAGUCUGGUGUAAGAUUCUCAGAUAGAAACAGCUCAAAGUGGUUGUCUCUCCAUGUUUACAUAUGCCCAAGUGGUCUUCUAAAAUAAUGCCGAGGAAUCUCGUGCCUUUGCUUCCAAACAGUCUAACCAUUCUAUAUUCUCAAGCUAAAGGAUAAAAAGCCUCUUCCACUCUUGCAGUUUGCUCUGGGGAAGGUAUGUAUUCCCUUGUUUGGUUAAUGCUUUUAUCAUACUCAAAUUUGGUGAGCACCAACAAUCUCUACCACGACAAUGCCUUACAAGCUAAAAGCAUAUUCAUACUAGCCGGACAGAGCAAUAUGGCAGGCCGAGGAGGAGUUGUAAACGGCACUUGGGAUGGAUUUAUCCCUCCGGAAUGCCAAUCCAAUCCGCUAAUCCUCCGGCUUAAUGCUGAGCUUACAUGGGAAGAGGCUCGAGAGCCUCUCCACCGUGACAUUGAUAUCCUGAAAACUUGUGGGAUCGGGCCUGGGAUGGCGUUUUCAAAUUCAGUUCUGGAGAGGGACUUGGGCAUCGGGGUGAUUGGUUUGGUCCCUUGUGCCAUCGGAGGAACCAACAUAAGCGAAUGGAGACGUGGUAGCCGGCUCUACAAUCAGCUGCUGACGCGGGCUCAGGCAGCGUUGCACGGUGGAGGAGGACUAAUUCGGGCUAUUCUAUGGUACCAAGGUGAGAGUGACACAGUGAGCCAUGAGGAUGCUAAAUUGUACAAGAGGAGAUUGGUCAGGUUCUUCACCGAUGUUCGAUCUGAUUUGUUGUCACCUGUGCUGCCUGUGAUCCAGGUGGCGUUGGCAUCAGGGGAAGGUCCAUAUGUAGAUGUAGUAAGGAAAGCUCAGCUGGAAAUAGACCUCCCAAAUGUGAAAUGUGUCGAUGCAAAGGGACUGCAGCUGCAGCCGGACGGGUUGCAUCUUAGCACAGCAGCACAAGUGACGGUUGGGCGAAUGAUGGCCGACGCCUUCCUCCAGAUUAUGGCGCCUAUUCCUGUUCAGAGCAGCGCCCACAAGACCUUCCACAACUUUUUUCUGGGCUUCUUUCUCAGAUGGUUUAGGUGGAUAUUUUGAUCAUGAUACAUAUAUUUAUCUUAAUUAUUGUUGAACAUAAAAAUUCUCAUUAUUUCAAAAUAACAAUCUUUUUCCAGGCAAGA